UUCCUUUCACUAUUACAGUAGCAAUGCAAUAUGCAGCAGCUCUACGAUUUUAGCUCGUUAACACUGCCUCUACGACGAUAUUGGUAAGAGCAGGCAAUUUGCACCAGUUGAAUAUUUUCCACCGCUAUUUCCCACAAUGGCGUCCAACCAGUGAGCCAACGAAAGGAUGAGGGGUAGACAGAGAGGGGUGGGUUAAGGUAGAACAGAAAGGACUGGAGAAGGGCUGGUAGCCUGGCUAGCUGGCAGACUAGCUGGCAGACUAGCUGUCUGGCUCGACGUUGACGAUGCUAGUGGGGGUGGAAAACAGGACGAAAAGACGACGACAGCACACAGCGUAUAUAAGGACGCUGAGAGGGGUGAGCAAGAGAGAAUCGCAGACAUGCUACGAGAUGGAGAGGUACCUGAAGGACGAGCCGAAGUUACAAUCGUACAAAAAGUUGCCCACGGAAUUGGACACAGCACCCUGGAAUCUUUUCAGGGCGCCACCUAUCUCCUGGACGGCAACAACCGGCACCGCCAAUUCACAAUUCGAAUCCCCAAUCAAAAUGGAGGUAACGACGUCGUCAGACGAGAGAGAAACGCUUUGUCUGGAGGACAUCAAAUUUGGCCCUAGCGAUCACAACCACAAUGGCCGUGAUAGGGAUCUUCUCGAUCGACACCUCGAUUCUUUAUCGAUGUCCUCGGCUAGUUCAGCGUGUUCGGCGUUAUCUUGGGAUAGCUCGCGUUCUCUCUCCUGUACAGCGCUUAUUCUUAAAAAGGAACCAAGCGAAGAUCUUGAGGAGGAUGAAGAACACGAGGAGAUCGAGGAAGAUGAGGAUAGCGGGUGCGAGAGCGAAGGUCAGAUCCUGACACCGCCGUCGAGUCCAGGCUCGGGUCAAGGUCAUUCCAACUCCAGUCACUCGUCGAGCGGUAGUUCGAUGCUCGACGUGCACAACCUCAACCUUCAUGGGACGGGCGGUAGGAGUGCCAUCGUCAGGGUUACCACCAGCAACGCGCAGGGCGUCGCGAGACUAAUCUCCGUGACGGCAAAUGGCUUCUCAGCGGUCGCGAGCACACAACACGCGCACACAGGUGCGAAUGCAUCAGCGAGCACGGUAUCCAACAGGCAUCACGCGAGGAGCCACGAGCACAGCCCACCUGACACAAAGCGCAGGAUACACAAAUGCCAAUUUCCGGGAUGCAAAAAAGUAUAUACUAAGAGUUCACAUCUUAAAGCUCAUCAAAGGACACAUACGGGAGAGAAGCCGUACAAAUGCAGCUGGGAAGGUUGCGAAUGGCGAUUUGCACGUUCGGAUGAGCUCACGCGCCAUUAUCGCAAGCACACCGGUGCGAAGCCAUUUAAAUGUCGACACUGCGACCGAUGUUUUUCACGCAGCGAUCACCUAGCGCUCCACAUGAAGAGACACGUAUAAUCCAUCGUCACCCCGAGCGGUCCUCGAAGCCGCAAGGAAAUGCGACGGUCUACCGAGAAAAACGACGACAUUAAGAAGAAGAAGGAGAAGAAGAAGAAGAAGAAAAAGAAAAAGAAGAAAAAUAACGAAAACAAAAAUAUGACGAAGAAAAAGAAGAAGAAGAAAAACAAUAUAAGAAGAAGAAGAAAAAGGAGGAGGAGGAGGAAGAGGAGAAGGAGGAAGGGGAGGAUGAUGAUGACGAACAAAAAAAAAGAAUGGCGUCGAUCGCGCGUGAAGAUGACGAAAAAGAAAAUGAUAUAAAAAUUGAAUCGCUGACGACGUCUUAUUUCCAAACGGGGAAAAUUAAAUAUUCCUCGUAAGUUCUUCGCCUCCUUUUCAAAAAUGAACCCCCCCCCUCCCUCCCUCGUUUGUAUUAGUUAAGGGAAGUAAGAGAGUUAAAAUAUAGAAUGAAAGAGCGAGCGUAUGUGUUGUAUAUGUGUGCGUGUGCUGGCGUAUGAGUGCGCGCGUGUGCGUUUUGUGUGUGUUCGCCUUUCGACUUGCAACGAGAGCGAAUCGAACAGCUCGCUGAAGAAGUUAAUGAAAAAAAAAGAAAAAAAAGAAAAUAAGAAAAAAUAAAUGAUUAAUUGUUCUAUCGAAGAACAAAUUCGUUUCUAACGAUGAUAUACGUUGAUGACGAUUCAAAACGGAUAGGACACAUUAUAUCAUUGGACCUCUGAGCACGAAGAUAAACUCAUUCAUUUUUGAUAUCCUUCUCGAGCUUAUUCGUGGAAUCUUUUUUAAUGGCGAUUAGAUGUCUCGAAGUUUAAUGAAAGAGGAGAAGAGAAGAUAUGUUGGUUGUUAAUUCAAAUUAAACAAUUUUUUUUCUCCAUACAAAUACGUUUGUCAUUCCAUUAAUUUCCAGAAGAAGAAGAAGAAGAAGAAGAAGGAAGAAACGAGUUAGUGUAGGAGAGAGUAGAUCGACGGUCAUGAAAUAAUCAUCGAAUGAAGAAGAGAUUAAUUAUUAUAUAGUGAAAGAAUAUGAAAUAUGAAAUAAAAAUAAAAUGAAGAAGAGAGAUAGAUUUCUUAGUAGACGUAUGUACGAUUUCUCCUGUUCGAAGAUAAGAUACAGAAAAUACCUAUCUUCGGCCUUGAGACCGUCAAUCACUGCCAAUUAAUUAUGUUCUAAAAUCCACGCGACCGUCGAUCCUCAGAAUGAGAGUUACGAGAAAAGAAAUAAUGGAAAAGAAAAUGGAAAGAAGGAAGGAAGGAAACGCGAGUGGAUGAAAUCUUGAUUUAAUGGAAAAUAGAUAGAAAGAAAGCUAAAUAAUUUCAAAGAAAAUGGAAAUAGAAAACUAUAUAUUUAUUAAUAUUAAAUAACAAAUGUCUUAUGUAAUUACGGACCGUCUGCCUCUUGUAACAAACGAUCAAACAAAUGUGUACAUUUAAACAAUUUUUAUUUAACUGAACUACGACGAAGCGGCUAUAAUUUUGUAUUGACCGAUCGAUCAAUCGAUCCAAUGCGAAUUUAUUUCUACUAAAAGAAUGCACAAUAUAACAAAAAAAAAAAGCAAAAAAAAAGAGAAUUAUGUAACUCGUUUUAUCGCGCGAAUACGUCAAUCUCUAGAUAAAGAAAAAAAAAGAGUAAGGACAAUAAUAAAAUUGCAGUCUACUGGUGCCAAACGUUAGUGUGAUUUUUUCUUUGAAAUUUCAUUUUUCGCUCUAUAACCAUAAGUGAACGAUUAAACCAAAAAAGAAAUGAUUAUUAAAAAAAAAAAAAGGUAAAAAGAGUAAAAGUAAAAAAUAAACGAACGUCGUAAAUAAGGGAUGAACGGCUUCGCGCGUCAACGUUGUUGCAUUAAAUCGAACGAUUGAAAACGAAAACACCACCACCAUAUAUAUUUAUUUGUAUGGAAUUUAAAAUAUUGUAUGUGUACGCGACGUGCGCGAGCAAAAAGGACAGAAAAAGAUGACGAGAAAGGGAAUAAAAUGUGGGAAGGAAUGAGAAAUGGGAAGAGGUGACGGGGUUGAAGGGAAGAGGAGACAAAUACGAAGCUGCCUGUAAUCGAAUACGUGAUUUCUACCAGUUUUCGACGAAACCAAAGUUUACCGCGCGGCUAAUCCCGAAUUAACAAUGCAAAUUAUAACGCGAAGCUUCGUUGCAAGCCUCCCCCUUCGCGCACACCCCUUCUCCACUCUGUUUUCUUCUACGCCGAUCCCCUAGGGGAUUUUCUGGGCAUUCCCGAAAUGUUUUAGAUAGUGUAAAACGAAAGUUUUUCAGGAGAUUUCGACCGUUCGUCGGUGGCUGAUUUUUUUAAAAUAGACAAAGUAUAUAUCUUAAUAUCUACACACACAUCUACAUGCAUGUAUUACCUUUCUCUCUGUAAUUGUUUUUCAUGUUUCUCAUAUUCUUAUUAUUCUAAUUAAUGAAUUAUUAUUAGUGCGACGAAACUAUAGACUCUUCGUUCUCUUUUUACGAAAAUUGCAAAGAAGAAAAAAAAAAGAAUAUGUUCGUUUCGACGAGAGAACGAUACAUGCGUUUUUACGAACAAAUACAUACGACUUUGUACUUUUGUACGAUGGCUUUUUAAAAAAUGAUAAAGGAAGAUGGGAGAAGGACGGUCGAGAUAAUUAAAAAAGAUCGGAUAACGGGUCGUGUGUCAAGGUCGUUCAUCAAAAAAGGUUAUACUCGACGAGACGAGAAAUAAAUCUCUCAUCAGAAGCAUAUAGCAGAAAUAAGUAAUAUAUUUUUUAAUAUUCUCAUCCUAUUUCAUAAAGGGGGAAGCAGGCAGGCGUAUAAUAUUUAAGAAAGAGAAGAGAUGGUCGAAGCAUACGAACAGUAUUCCGCACAAAAGAUAUAAUUAAAUAAAAGUAAAUACAUAAAUAAAUAAAUAAAAAGAUAAUGAGUAAAGAAGAUGAAGAAGAAGAAGAUAUAUAAAUAUACCCGUCGAAUCUUUCUCACGUCUCGGAAAUUUUAAUACUUGCGAAUAUUGCCUUUUUUGAUGGGCGACAAAAAACUUUAGGGCAGACGGUCAUCUAUACGGUUACUCCGUGUUUUUCGCACAAACGAUCAACGAAAUUGAACAAACUAUGUCAAGAAAAUUUCGACGAACCCUGA